GUGACGUCAUUGAUAAGUACCUCUGUAACCGUCUAUCUUCCGCCUACCAGCCAGGCGAAUAGUGUAAAUCGCUCUGUGGAUUUCCCCACAUAAAAACCACUGUUGGGUGUCAACGUGGGCACAGCCGACGCUUCUCUGAGAGUCUGUUUUUUUCUCCUCAGAUCACCCUGUAACCAGAUUUCCAAAUGAGUGACGGGGAGUGUGACUUCUUCUGCUUCUUCCGCUGCUGCUGAGAGCGCUGAGCACGCGUCUCAGACAGACAGGAAGGCAGUGUGUCUCUGAGCAGUGACACGAGUAGGUGGAACAGGGCCGCAGGGAGAAACAGGGUGGUGGAGCUUCAAACGAGCCAUUUUAGCCAAUUGGACCUCUUGGAUCCGACAGGUAGGCGGACCGUCUACCUGUCCGGGUGGUUGAUUCAAUCGACUGGAUGUCUGUGGACAUGAACAGCCAGGCGUCGGACAGCAACGAGGAAGACUUCGGGGUCAACUCUGAAGAAGAGGAAGAUGAGGAUGAUGGAGGAGAAGAGGAGGAUCAGGGUGACAUCGCAGGCUACUAUGAGGGCGUGGCCAGCGACGUGGAGCAACAGGGCGCUGACUCCUUCGACCCAGAGGAGUACCUGUUCACCUGUCUGACGUACAAAGAGAGUCAGAGGGUGCUGACAGAGGAGGUUAACACUGUGGCUGCUGCGCUGAAGGUUUUACCUGCGGUAGCAAAACUGAUCCUGGUGCAUCUUCACUGGCAGGUUUCACAGAUAUUGGACAGAUAUAAGUCCAACUCGUCUCUGCUAUUAGCGGACGCUCUGGUCCAGCCCAGCAGCACCUGCAGAUCAGUCACUGCCCCUCAGUCCCUCCAGUGUGGUGUGUGUCUACAGGUCGUACGGAGAGAAUCCCUGCUGGCCCUGCCCUGCCAGCACUCCUUCUGCAAAGCAUGCUGGGAGCAGCACUGCACUGUCCUGGUCAAAGAUGGCAUGGGAGUGGGUAUCUCGUGUAUGGCUCAGGACUGUUCCCUUCAGAUGCCAGAAGACUUUGUCCUGCCGCUGCUGCCUGGAGAGGAGCUGAAGGACAAAUACAGACGCUACCUCUUCAGAGACUACGUUGAGAGUCACUUCCAGUUGCAGUUGUGUCCAGGUGCAGACUGUCCCAUUGUCAUCAAGGUGCAGGAGCCCCGGGCGCGCAGGGUGCAGUGUAGCCGCUGCAGUGAAGUCUUCUGUUUUAAAUGCCGUCAGAUGUACCACGCACCUACAGACUGUGCAACGAUCCGGAAAUGGCUGACCAAAUGUGCAGAUGAUUCGGAGACAGCCAACUACAUCAGUGCACACACUAAAGAUUGUCCUAAGUGCAAUAUCUGCAUUGAGAAAAAUGGAGGGUGCAAUCACAUGCAAUGCUCCAAGUGCAAACACGACUUCUGCUGGAUGUGUCUUGGUGACUGGAAGACUCACGGCAGUGAAUACUACGAGUGCAGCCGCUACAAAGAAAACCCUGAUAUAGUCAACCAGAGCCAGCAGGCUCAGGCCAGAGAGGCCCUCAAGAAAUACCUCUUCUACUUUGAGAGGUGGGAGAAUCACAACAAGUCUCUGCAGUUGGAGGCUCAGACAUACCAGAGGAUCCAGGAGAAGAUCCAGGAGAGAGUGAUGAACAACCUGGGAACCUGGAUCGACUGGCAGUACCUGCAUAACGCUGCAAAGCUACUGGCUAAGUGUCGUUACACACUGCAGUACACGUACCCUUACGCCUAUUACAUGGAGUCCGGCCCACGCAAGAAAUUGUUUGAGUACCAGCAGGCCCAGCUGGAAGCAGAAAUAGAAAACCUGUCGUGGAAGGUAGAGCGGGCCGACACCUACGAGAGGGGAGUCGUGGGAGGUGAGGGGGAGCUCAGCGCCAGUGACAGAGGGGAUCUGGAGAAUCAGAUGCAUAUUGCUGAGCAGAGGCGACGCACGCUGCUGAAGGAUUUCCACGACACCUGAAGCUCCAUCGCGACUGCAAAGCACCAGCAUCUCCCUCCUUCCUUCCUCCUUGCCUCCCACCUUUGCUUCCUUCCAUGACCACCCCUCAGUGCAGUCAUACUGACUCCUCCUUUUGACGCUCGCUCAUCGCUUCUUUCUUCUCCCCUCCUCUCAUUCCCAUAAUGCUGCAGGGUCACAGAAUGGCACGAUUGUAUCUCCCCUUCCUCCUCUCAUCCUCACCUCAUUUACAUGUUUUGGCUCAGAGCAUCACAUUCACUGUGGUUACACUUGACGCAGCUGUUUAGAUCUGAUCAGGUCAAAUUCUGAGGUCUUGUCAUGUGUCUGAAACCAGUGGGUGUGCUUUUAUUCCACUGUGAGCGUUGAGACACUGACACGAGCAGCUAAAAGCAACAUCCUGUUAAAAGGAGCUGUUGUUUUGAAAAGUUAUUUCUGUGAUGCUGGAAUUAUCAUUUAAGAGAAAAGGUCAAAUGAUGGAGAAGCUUUUGUUCAGCAGACAAGGAAGAUGUGGGAGAUUGAAAACAUUUUCUUUAAGGAGACUGUGCUGAUUGUGGAUUUCAGUGGUUUCACAUUGACUAUAAUGACACUUGCUGGCAAUUGUACCUGUAGUACUCACCGGAUCAGCCUGAACACAGGAAAAAUUGAUUCGUAGUUACUUCUUCCAAGCUGCAAAAGGUUGAUUGACGUGUAGAUAAGAAAGGUUUAAUGUCAGUGAGUGGAGUGUGUUACUUCUAGAGGAAACAUGUCACUUUGCUGGCUUUGUUUUGAACAAACUUUAAUAUCAGUCAGGACCGGUGCAACUCAACAGGCUCAUCAAGUACUCUCAAUAGCAGAUUAGGGAGCCCUUUUAUUGUGAAGGUGCUUUUUUCUAUGUAUUUUUCUGCCAUAAACAUGUAUAUGGUGUGUUUACUGUGGAGAAAUGGUGACGUCACAGUCCCACAUACCCCUUGAAAUAAACAAAAUACAGUAUUUUCCUACGUAUGAUGCAUGUUCGUGUAAACAAAGUACUAAAGAAUAAGAUGAAUGUGUGUUUAAAUGACAGCUUUUUUAGAUUUUGUUGCCAGUUUCACAAUAAACACACCUCGACUCUUAUUUUAGUAGCCAACCUGACCCACUGCAGUCACUACUGCCAGCAGAUAGUUGCUAGUCAUUAUAGUCAAAGUGAAACCACUGAAUAACCCACUUUUGUAUCUUUACAUUCUCACACUGAUGUUGCGUGAUUGUGUUCAGUUAGUGUAGAUCCAAACCAGUGUGAGCCAGAUUUCCAUAAAAAUAUUUGUACCUCUGCUGAUCAGAUGAAGUUGUUUUGAAGCAGCAAGUGUAAUCGCGGCCAUUUCCACACACUACAGCACCCAGCGACAUCCACAUAGCAUUUGCAUGUACAUACCAUGCACACAUUGACACACUCACGCUCAAACACUCCGCUGCAGAAACUAAACAUUAACAGUUAAGUUGUCUCCUUCCCCUCCAUCUCGUGCUCUCUGCGCUUUCUUUACAUUCAUCCCUUCACUUUAUUUUGCUCUUUAUUUUCUCUUUUCUUCCUGCUCACAUUGUUCACUUUUCUUCUGGAAAAUGGCUGUUGAUAGAUAGAUCGUUUAAAAAAAAAUGGGAAAAAAAAAACAAAAAUACAAAAAAAAAUUGUUGUAAUUUUCAACGGUUGUACAUUAAUACAGAAAUAGAGUUACUGAGAGAGUUUUUAAAACCGGA